GACACGCGCACCCCAUUUCGUCGUUUCUACUGGUCACCCUGAAGGGCCGGAACACGGCGGCGGAUACUUUUCCGCCUGAACCUCCCCUCCUCCAAUCCCGUUUGGCUGCAUCCAUGGUCUCCCUGCUCCCUCGCGCGCCCUACGUCGCGUACCUCCCCAAGCCCGCCCCGUCGCUGCGGCCGCCCCAACCCGCCAUGUCGUCGUCCUCCGCCGCCGCCCCUGCGGAGGCGGCCGCCCAGCCGAGGAAGCUGCCGGUGCUGCUGUUCGAUGUCAUGGACACCCUCGUCAGGGACCCGUUCUACCACCACAUCCCCGCCUUCUUCAAAAUGUCCUUCAAGGAACUACUAGAAAGCAAACAACCAACGUCAUGGUCAGAAUUCGAGAAGGGACUGAUUGAUGAGAAUGAGCUGGCCAAAAAGUUCUUCAAUGAUGGCAGAUCUUUUGAUUUGGAAGGUCUCAAAGAGUGCAUGGUGAGGGCAUAUGAGUACAUUGAUGGUGUCGAAGAUAUUCUUUGCUGUUUGAAGAAAAAUAACUAUGAGAUGCAUGCUUUUGCCAAUUAUCCAAUAUGGUACAAGUUAAUCGAGGAUAAGUUAAAGCUCUCAAAGUAUUUGUCCUGGACAUUUUGCUCUUGUCGAACUGGAAAACGCAAGCCUUCGCCUGAAUUUUAUCUUCAAGCUAUAGAUCAUCUCAAUGUUGAUCCAGCAAGCUGCAUUUUUAUUGAUGACAGAAUGGUAAACAUUGAAGCAGCUCUUAGCGUAGGAAUGGUUGGGUUGCAGUUUAGAAAUGCUGAGGCUCUGAGGAAAGACUUGUGUGCUCUGGGAGUUGAAUUACCUCCUCAUGUUUGCGAAGUGGCACGGCUUGGAGGAAAGUACCAAAACAACAUAAAAAAGGGUUCAAUUCACUGUUUAUGUUGGGGGCUUGGAUUCUUUGGAAAUACCGCAAUGCUUGUGUCUUUGAUGGAUCAGCUCCUUGCCUACAAGUUGCCCUACAAGCUUAUAGGGAUGAACUUCAUCUAUGGCAAGCUGCAGGUGCUAAGGGCCCUCGUCGGAGGCUGGGUGGAUUAGCUGUACCAUUAGGGUGUUGUGGUCAGGUCCUACCUUCUACCUUUUUCAUGAAAUUGUCUCUUUUUUGUGUUUUUCUACCAUCACCCACUCUGGCCCAAGGUGUGUGAUUGGUUAUUGCAAUUGGCUAAUUCUCUCUUCUUAAUACAAAAGAAGAUACACAGAAGAUAGUCUGGAGGCUCAAAGACAGUUGUAAAUGUACUCAAGUUAGCUGGAAGAUUUUUUUAUUAGCUCGAGAUCUACCGUAGCUCGCUUUAUACAAGUGACCCUUUUUUAA